CAAAUACAUAAACGUCAAAGUCAGACGUUUUGUUGACUUUGAUCGUACGCAAACUUUCAAAUGAAUUUUCUACGUUGUGAAAGUGCCCUAUUUUUGUAAAAUUGGUCUUAAAUUAAUCGUGAUUUUUUUCUAAGUGUGUUUGCUUGGUUUCCCAGAGAAUUCCUUUAUCUGAGACCCUAAUUUUCCCGUUCGUUCGUGGUGACGUAUUGAAAGCUGUGUGCUGUGUCAGAAGAUAAUUCCCAUAUUAAUCAAGUUUUCGGGCUUGAUUGGCCCUUUUCCAUGUUAGAUAUACAGUCAAAUUCAAGCAGUGAAUUGAGGAAUGGGAAUAUAAUGUCUAGAAAAAGAACAAGAAGCCAUUCAGAGACUGACAGUUUUGGGCCCAUAACAGACAUGCAAUAUGUUCAACCUAUUACAGCGUCUACAUGUGCUGAAGCUCCAUUCUCUGAUGAACCCACGGCGGAGCGAAACAGGGCGCUCUGCGACUACACUGAGCGCAUCACCUACGACAUGGCGCGCAGCGGUAACGCGCCGCGACCAGUUCGUGUCUAUUCCGACGGAAUUUACGAUUUGUUCCAUCAGGGCCACGCCAGACAGCUCAUGCAAGCCAAGAAUAUAUUUCCGAAUGUGUAUUUAAUUGUUGGAAUAUGCAGUGACAAACUCACGCAUAGUAAAAAAGGACGGACGGUAAUGACGGAGGCCGAGCGAUACGAGGCUGUACGACAUUGCCGUUACGUGGACGAAAUUGUCCGAGACGCUCCUUGGGAGGUGGACGAAGCCUUCAUGGAAAAACACAAGAUUGACUUUAUCGCGCAUGACGAUAUUCCUUAUGGUGCCGCUGACACUAAUGACGUUUAUGCCAAAUGGAAAUCUAAGGGAAUGUUCGUAGCAACAGAACGCACCGAAGGCGUGUCCACCUCGGACAUAGUAGCGCGCAUAGUAAGAGACUACGAUAUUUACGUGAGGAGAAACCUCGCGAGGGGAUACUCGGCCAAAGACCUUAACAUUUCGUAUCUCAGCGAGAAGAAAAUCCGCUUUCAAAAUAAAAUCCACGACUUAAAAGACAAGGGAAAGAGAGUGAUGGACUCUAUCGGCGAGAGGAAGGACGAUAUGAUCGCCAAAUGGGAGGAGAAGAGUAGGGAGUUUAUCGAAAAUUUUCUGCUUUUAUUCGGAAAGGAUCGUCUCUCGAACAUCUGGCACGAAAGCAAAGACAAGAUCUUGAACGCGUUGAGCCCACCGGGUUCUCCACCCGGCAGCCCCACCAACGGAAGCUCCUACGACCUCUUCGAAGAGGCGGAGGGAGUACCUCCCAGGAAAACCCCCCGCUACGGCUCACGUAGCUCUUCCAGGAUUAAUUUACACCUGGAGGACUAUAGCGACGAAGAAGACAGUUUUGCGUCGGCGCAUAGUUAGAUGUCGCCAGCGUCGCUAAAGGGGGUGGAUUUGGCCGUCGCAACGGAUCAGAGCGUCUAAUUUUCAAUUACUUACAAGAUCUGGUCUCUGAUGUGUCAAACUAAGCGGUGACCUUAGCCACAUGUUUUAGGUAACUGACCUACCUAUGCUGCCCCGAUAUCUAUAGUGAGAAAUUUUAUUUACAAUUUUCUUUAUUUGUAUAUAAAUAUAUUAUAUUUUUCUUUUUUU